CAACACAUUCAUUCACAUAAGGAGGGAGUGAGAGGCUUACACAGCGAGUUAGAGUGAGGAAGUUAAAGCUAGAGGAACGUCACUUCUUUUGCUCCCUUUUUUUUUCGGAACUACAGGUCAAAAUGAUGAACUUUUUGAUGUUUGCUGUCAGUCUCACUUUCUGUCAGAUUGGGAGGAAUCCUGCCUGUGCCGGGAUGUGCUGGCUGCAGCAGAGCCAGCGGUGUGACAUGGUGCUGAUGAGAGGGGUCACCAGAGAGGAGUGCUGUGCCGGGGGCCGUCUGAACACAGCCUGGUCCAACGCCAGCCUGCCCAUGAACGAGGUCAGCCUGCUGGGGUUCUUGGGAAUUGUCCCCUGCAAGCCCUGCAAAGAGACGUGCGAGGGCGUCAAGUGCGGCCCUGGGAAAGUGUGCAAGAUGAAAACGGGAAGGCCGCAGUGCAUGUGCUCUCCCGACUGCUCCCACGUCGCGCGUCAGCACGCCGUGUGCGGAAGCGACGGCAAGUCCUACAAGGACGAGUGCGUUCUGCUGAUGGCGCGCUGCAUGGGACACCCCGACCUUGAGGUCAUGUACCAAGGAGAGUGCAAAAAGUCGUGUGCCAACGUUGUAUGUCCGGGGACGCACACCUGCGUGACCGACCAGACCAACAGUGCCCACUGCGUCAUGUGCCGUUCCACGCCCUGCCCCAGACCCCUGCCUUCCGAGCAGCCCAUCUGCGGCAACGACAACAUCACUUACCCCAGUGCCUGCCACCUUCGCCGCGCCACCUGCUUCCUUGGCCGCUCUAUAGGAGUACGCCACUACGGCCAUUGCAACAGUCCUCCAAGAAAACCACAACUUUUCGAGGGCAGCGAGGAAAACGCCGUCUAGAUUCUACCGAGCUCGCCGGUCUCUUUCCAAUAUGACCUCUAUCGGGUUUUCUCAUGACAAUCAUCCCUCCCUUUUGUAGACACUUUGAUAUUUACGCAGUGGUGUAGUGCGGGCGAAAAUAUGCAUGCUAGUAGUUUUUCACAGUAGCAAUAUAAAUAGGGCCGCUCCCUCCACAACCCAUUUAGAGUCCCUGUGUGUCAUAGCCAGUCUGCAAUGACGUCUUCAAGGUUUGAAUUAUGUGUUAAUGCAAAUUCAGUAAUGCGCCCUACCUCUGCCAAACCUAAUUUGGUUUGAUACAUCUGCUGAAAGACACAAAAAGAGAACGUAUGGUGGCACCCAAAGGCUAAGAACCUUUGUUCAGAAGCCCUCUGCAAAAACAUGCAUGCUAAAAAGUACAGCAAUUUGUAUUAAUUGGUGGCAGAUGAACACAUCCAGAUAAAGACAUAACUCUUCGGGAGACGUGUGCAUAUUGUAAAUAGAUUACCACAACUAUUUAUUGGAGAAGGUAUCAAUCACUAUUUAUGUUCUUAAUCCUAUUAACAAAACAAUGUAUCCAAAUUGCUAUGUAUUUAUUGUGUUUAUUUUUAUUCUCCCACGGGCGAACUACAUUUUUUACAGCCUUAUUUCCCAAUAGUUUUUUUCCCCCACUGUCAUUUGGGUGGAAAGCCAGUUUUAGCUCAGCAAUUUUUAAAGCUGCACUGUGAUUGUUAAAGUUAUUUUUGGGGGGGGCUAGCAGAGAUCUAAACUAACAUAUUAACCUGUUAUGUUUUCAGCAACCAGAUCCAAACAACUGCAACAAUAUCUCCUCUGUCAAACACCCUUUUUGUUUUUGUAAAUACCUUGCUUUGUAAGACAUAGUCCAUCAACCCGGUACUGUUUUGUGCUCCAAUUUGAUUGGUAUUCUUAAAAGAAUUUAGCAGAGGGGGGAGAGGCGAAGAUUGAAUUAGUCUCGGAAUGGACCACAGUAGCUAUAUAGGCCAACACUUGAUGUAGUCUUCCCUUGUGUUGACAUCUGGCAGGUGAUCCCAAUGAACUUCUAAAGUCAAUCCUCCAUGGUGAACUGACCGUACAAACUUCUUCCUUUCUGUGUGUAAUACCUACUGUGAAAUUUCAGCAAUAAAUGCGUAGAAUUUU